AUGUUUCACUCCGUACCAUUUGUGGUGGUUGUUAUUCUAACUCUUGCGCACCAAAGUUUAACAACGGACACAGCCAUAACACCCGGCACUAUCUGUCGUGUCGGUGGUAACGUUGGACGAUGUUUACAUUUUAAGCACGAUCCAACGUAUGUGUCUCUGCUGCUGAAGAAUACGCGCACGGAGGAGGAAGAUUCGUACCUGCUGCGGCAUGUUUGCGAUCGCCGGCAGGGUUUAACCUGCCGAACGGGAUCGGUAAACGAUGAGACUUGCGGGAUGCAGAUGGAAAAUCGCAUCGUCGGUGGACAAAUAACGUCCAUCGAUCAGUACCCUUGGAUGGCACUGCUGCAGUACUACAACCAUCGAAAGGGCACGAAACGAUUCGGGUGUGGUGGAGCACUGCUUAGCCGUAAAUUUGUCCUAUCGGCGGCACACUGUUUCUUGCGGCUUCCAGCCGGACUCGAGCUCCAUAAAGUUCGUCUUGGGGAGUGGGACACCGAAUCCGAUACUGACUGUGAGGAUCUGGACGAUGAACUGUCCUGUGCCGCACCGGUGCAAGAUUUUGGCUACAAAAGAAUAAUCACCCACGAGGCGUACAGCGGCAAUCAUGCGGAUCGUGCGAAUGAUAUUGCGCUGAUCGAGCUGGCCGGACUGGUUGAGUACAACGAGUUCGUGAAGCCUAUCUGCCUCCCGGAGCCUGGCACACCGAACAAGGAGAAGCUGUACUUUGGCAGCAUGUGGGCUGCCGGAUGGGGCCGAACGGAAACGGCAACUGGAAGUCGCUUUAAAAUGUUCGUACCGCUCGAUCAGUUCGAUCUGCAAAACUGCAACGAAACGUACCAGAGGCGUGUGAAGGUCCCGCUAACGGAGUCCCAAUUCUGUGCGCUGGGAUCACCGGGCAAGGAUACCUGCAAUGGAGAUUCGGGUGGACCACUGAUGAAGCCAAUCAAGUCACACCACUACGUCGUGGGAAUUGUUAGUUUUGGUCCGCAAAAGUGUGGCAGUGGCAUACCGGCCGUCUAUACCAGGGUCGAUAAGUACUACGAUUGGAUCGUGAGCCAUAUGGUGGAGUUUGAAAAUUAA